GACGAAGUGCAAGGGGAACGUCACGAGGCGGCUGCAGUUACUUUACAUUAGAACGAAGAAGUAGAAGGACGCGAAAGGAGAAGUAGGGAAGGAAGCUGGAGCUUUCACGAGACGCGGGGAGUCUUGUGGUAGGAGCUUUGCUCCCCGAUGACUUCCUUGGGAGUGUUCGCAGUCUGCUAGAGUCCGUCGGCGCGUCCGGGCCGCACACUCCGACGCUCCGCGGACUUGGGAAAGGAAUCUGGCUCAGAGACAAAAUUCGAAAAAUUCGUAUUAGUUAUUUAUUUAUUUAUUUCCUUAUUUAUUAUCCGCGAGGCUCCCGCGAGACUAGUUAUUAUUUAUUCGUAAAAGCGGCCACGCUUCAAUUUCAUAACCUCGUCUGCCCGAUAAUUCAGUUCGCGGAGAACCGGCGAUCCGCCGAAUAAUCACUCGUCUGGCCUGUGCUUUGAUACCGGAGUGCGAUAUCAGUGCGACGUUCCAGGUGAAGUGCCGACGGAAGAAGGCAAAGGGAAAAAGUGAGAGCGUUCCGGGGAUUCAGAUUUUAAAAAAAAAUAUCGAAACGGAACGUCGCCAGGAACGUGAGACCACGCUAUUUCGAGGGCAAACUCAACGCGCGAAUGCACGAGGAUAUAUAUAAUUGCCUGGGGCUGUAAAAAGAAAAGAUCAUGAGAACCAGAGACUCCAUCGUUUACACUCCCGUGUCGCUGGGACCGGACACCGACGACGAGGAGACUUUAGUAAAUGCCGAAGUAUAUAAUAACGACUUGGCGCAGAUACGCGCCCUGGUCGAGUCAUCGGGGAUGGGUGGCUCGAUAUGUCCAUCCUGCGAGAUGCCUUUCGACAAGGGCAAGAAGCGUCGGCUGAUCGACUCCUGCGGUCACGAACGCUGCUACUCCUGUCUCUUUCGCAGCGAGGCUUGUCCGCUCUGCCUCCAGGACGUCAGACCCGAGGAUGAGCUUCAUGAGACCACUUUUAAUUCGGGCUCUGGUUACGCUCUGGCGUCAACUCCUAUUUCCAGCCUAGGCUACGGAGACGACUGGGUCGACGAUUCCUCCACGGUGAAUUCGCUAUGCGGCAGUCCAAGGCCACGCGCUAAGGUUGCUGCCAGGACCAGCCUACCACUGAGAGUCAUACACCAAAGAGAAUCGUCAGCGGACAUGGUGUCAUCCGUGGGCCCGGCCAAAGGCCUCAAAGCAAAACCACCGGUCUUACCAGAGUCUACGUCCCAGGCUCGUCACAAGGUCGUAAUGGCGCAGAGUUGCCCGACGCCUCCCAACCAACGGCGAAGGUUCUUCCUCAACCCGAAGGUCCUCCGAAGUCCUUUUGCUCCGCAGAGAGCCGCCAGGCGCAGUGCUACAGCUCCAGAGCACACUGGAAAUGAGAAUCCCUCCGCGUUGUCAGCAUGGAUGACAUCGUCCUGGGAGGGAAAAUCUCGAUGGCCUGGUGUUGUCCUCGGGAAAAUCAAGUCCUUAUGGAGCAGCAGCCAGGGUUCGACGAGCGACGGCCUAAAUCAGCUGAUUGGAUCAUCGGACAAAGUUACAGAUGACGAGGGUGGAAAUGUUAAGCCUCUCUCCUCGAAAACAAGGAAGUCUUCGCAGUCGGAUCUUUAUAUGCGGUUGGGUCUGCUUUUGGGAGCGGGUCAUUCCCGUGCAAACGGCUCUGGGGAUGCUCCAGGAUUCGCAAGAGUUCCAGGACUCGCUACAGGUCCCUGUCCAAGGCCUGUGAUGAGACUGCACGAGGGUCAGGGUCACGAUAGUUCAGCAGCGUCUUUCAGCAGUUUGACAAGCUUUGAGACGCAGACGCUGGCAUCGACUAAUACAAGUCCAGUGUCGACCUUAACAGGGACAUCGAGUGAGGCUGAAGCAGCGGCUGCCCUUAGGGGACCUAUAAAACCCAAAGUCAAGGCUAAAGGCAAGGGUAAGACCCGGGACUGCGACAGUGCCGGAAGUCUUGCUUCCAUCUCUACCUCUAUUUCCGCCUCGACUUCCAUGUCCAUGUCUAUGUCGGUAUCCGUAUCCGGAUUGUCGAAUGGCAGCUCCAGUCCUCUCACGCCCCGAAGACAUUCCGUCACGACGACGCAGCCGGGCCAGGUUGAGGAAUUGGGUCAGUUCAAAAAUAGGAGGUCCUGUGCCAGGAGGUCUGCCAGGACCGGGAAUAUUAAAAGACCUGUAGAUCCGAAAGUUCGAUUUGCACAUCAUGCGGCUCAAUUGACGCUGAAGCCACUGUUCUUCGAAGUGCCGCUGCUGGAAACUGAUCCACUUUUCACGGGUAGACAAUGGCUUCUCCACGAGCUAGAGACAGUGAUAAAUGGAUCGGGUCCCGGGGUGCUCAUAUCUGGAUCGCCAGGUACUGGAAAAACUGCUCUGAUAUUACAGCUGGUCGAGCACAGCUGCUUCGGAAGAAGACGAGACCAACCGAGUGAGACGGAAGCCGAGGAAGUCAUCGAAGAAAAGGAGAAAAGCACUGCCAGUAUGCAUGCCAGUAUUCGAACCACAAAUGACAAGGUUCGCGAGUUAGCGUCCCAUGUCGUGGCCUAUCAUUUCUGCCAAGCGGAUAAUAAUAGUACCUGUCUGGUUCCGGACCUCAUACACUCACUGGCGGCUCAAUUAUGUCAGGCGCCACAGUUAACAUCCUACAGAGAGUAUUUACUAUCAGAACCACACCUACAAGGCUCACUCUCGCAAAGAGAAUGCACCGUGGAUCCGGACCUGGCUCUUUCAAGAGGAAUUAUCGAGCCUUUAUCAACCUUAAAGAAGGCUGGCAGAUUGCCGGAUACUAAUGUGGUCAUUCUAAUCGAUGCUAUAUGCGAGGCCGAGUAUCACAGACCAGACAGGGGUGACACGAUAGCUUCCUUCUUGACAAGACACGCUUCCAAUUUCCCAAAUUGGCUUAAAGUCGUCUGCACCGUAAGAACGCAACUGCAGGAGUGUGCCAAACAAUUCCCAUACACGAGGCUCUCGCUGGACAAGAGUUCAAACGAUCAUAUUGGCAAUCAUAUUAGCAAGGAUCUUGCGGAUUAUAUUGGCUACAGGCUCGCGCAGAGUGCUGCCAUCCAAACGAACGUGACCGCCUCCGUGAACGGCAAGGCAGAAUCUUCGUGCGUUGCGAAUCAAACUCGAUUCGCUUCGCAUCUCCUCGCUCUCGCCAGAGGCAGCUUUCUCUUUGCGAAACUCACGCUUGAUCUUAUCGAGAGUGGACAUCUAGUCGCUAAAUCUGCAAGCUACAAGGUUUUACCGGUCUCUCUCGCGCAAAUCUUUCAGCUGCACUUUAAUCUGAGGUUUCCCACCGCUACAUCCUUCGACAAAGUACAGCCUCUCUUGGGCGUGUGUCUUGCGGCACUUUACCCGUUGACCUUACCCGAGAUCUUUUAUUCCGUCAAUUCCUUGAACGCCAAUCGCUUCGUCUCGUGGGAUGAUUUUCUACAGAGAUUUAAGAUGCUCUCUGGAUUUCUGGUGAAGCGGCUGGACAAUACCUACAUGUUUUUCCAUCCGUCAUUCAGGGAAUGGUUGAUGAGGCGGGACGAGGGCGAGUCGACAAAGUUUCUCUGCGACCUGAGACUCGGUCACGCGGCCAUUGCUUUUCGAUUGUCUCGACUUCAAGCACCAUUGGACGGUGAUAAGAUCCUGGAACUUGGUCACCACGUACUGAAGGCGCACGUGUACAGAGGAGUCGCGCCAUGCUGGCCCUCUCGCGAUCUACAAGCUGUAUGGUUGGCAUCUUCAACGGAAUGCGUUUCCUCGGCUCUCUGUACCUUGAGGAACAUCUACAGUCCCAAUGUCAAGGUCUCGAGGCUGCUACUGCUGGCAGGAGCAUCACCGGACUUCAUCACGGAGUACUUGGGCCAAGCGCCCGUCCUUUGUAUGUACGCUCAUGAGGGUUCGGUAGAGAUGGUAUCUCUUCUAUUGGAAUUUGGUGCUGAUGUGGAACUGACCAAUAGUCAAGGGUGUACUGCAUUGUCACUAUCGGCAUCUCGAGGACACUGCGAUGUCGUCAGAAGGUUGGCAGCUGCCGGGGCGUCUCUUGGUCACGCGGAUAUGGCCGGUCAGUGUCCUUUGGUACACGCAGCCAGACACGGAAGACUCUCUGUCGUUGGAUAUUUAUUGGCCUGCGAUUGGCUAGUACCUACUGCAAGUAGUGUGUCUGAAAGUGCUUCUUCAGACGUGGGCAGAGAAGAAGCGGCCCAACAGGCUGUGGUAGCUGCAGCAGCGCAGGGCCAUGAGUCGAUUGUAGAGUACCUUCUGGAUAUGGCUGAAGUGACGGUAGACAGGCCGGAUACUUUGACUGGAGAAACUGCUUUGACUAUAGCAGCUGCCAAUGGUUCCACAGCUACAGUUUCUGCCUUAAUGGCUCGAGGAGCAAGUGCAAUAGCGACAAACGCGAAGGGAUUGUCGCCUCUUAUGUUGGCAGCUAGAGAAGGUCACUGGGGUACUGCUGAAAGGCUUCUCGAAGGAUCAUUGUCCAGUAGUACGGAUCGAGUUUUGGAUGAAACAGCACCGCUCUUGGAGCAACGCGAUCCCGCCGGCAGAACGGCUUUGAUGUUGGCAGCUGCAGAAGGACACACAAAUUUAAUUGAACUGUUCUUGGACAAAGGAUCUGUUCUCGAGGCUCCCGAUAAAGAAGGAUUAACUGCUCUGGGUUGGGCUUGCGUUAGGGGCAGACUGGCAGCCGUUCAGAGUUUACUCGAUCAUGGAGCCGAUGUUAAUACCAGUGACAACACUGGACGAACUCCUCUCGAUUUAGCCGCCUUCCAGGGCAAUCCUAAGCUGGUUCAGUUACUCCUGGAGAAAGGCGCAGCCGUAGAACACGUUGACUUGCACGGAAUGCGACCUCUGGACAGGGCAAUAGGUUGCCGCAAUGUUCCUGUUGUGCAGUGCUUCCUCCGUCGAGGUGCAAAGUUGGGUCCUGCUACCUGGGCAAUGGCAGCCGGAAAGCCCGACGUGCUCUUGAUAUUGCUAAACAAGCUUUUGGAAGACGGCAAUGUUCUGUAUCGCAAAGGUAGACUAAAGGAGGCUUCACACCGUUACGCUUACGCGCUACGAAAAUUCCCAGGACCCCCGGAACAGAAUCAGGAUAAUCAGAAUCAGGAGCAGAAUAAUCUGGUCUUGCAUCUCCCCACAUUCGCACAGCUCAGAUUAAACUUCUUACUUAACUUGAGUCGAUGCAAACGUAAGAUGAACGAAUGCGAAGAAGCGAUUGAACUAGCAGACGAAGCUCUCAAGGCAAGACCAGUAUCCUAUGAGGCCUUUUACGCCAGAGCAAAGGCCCGGGUCGACGUUGGAUUCUUGGAGCAGGCACUUGCUGACGUCCAGGAAGCUUUGCAAAUUGCACCACCCCACAAUCGUCAGGAUCGUAAAGUCCUUGCAGCCCUUAGAGAAGAAAUUGUAUCUCGGUUAGAAGGUAUAGGUUCUGGAGGUUCGGUCGCACCAGGAGAAAGCAUUUCCAGAUCUCGACUUAGGGCAUCAGUGGACACCCUCACCGAACUUUGAACUUCCAUAUAAUAAGAAAGAAAGGUCCUCGAGACUUGAGGCGAGUUAUAUAUCGUUACCCAGGAGGAUAACACGAUACCGCGUAUGAUACGGAGCAGCUGCUUAUUGAAAGCUCAUGUACGACUCAUCUAUUCUGCUCCGCGUACGCGUUAACGUCAUAGCUUUAAUGAAAAAUUCCCAUUAUCACAGCAUUUCAUUCGCGAGCAUUGUGUCUGAUGUAAUUUACUCGAUAAGCGAGUUUUCGUACUAAGCUUUACUUGAAUUCGACAUCCGGUUUCGAACCGUGACGUUACACUUUAAUAUAUAUAUUUGUAUACUAUUAUAAUAGAUUGGCUUUAUCGCGUCGUUGUAACAUUGAAAUUAUUUAAUAUUUAAUCACAGUAUUCUCGUUGUUUAUCGGGUCCUGCGAGUCCGCCGCGCAUCCUCAAAGUCGGACGUCGUGUUCCUCGCACUUCGAACACCGAUUGUCAUACGGAGUCUCGCCAAUCAGCUAUGACAUAGGAGUCCAGAUCAAAGAGACAGUUAUAAGAAAUGCACGCAUCUUGCCACGCCGUAAGCAUCAAUAUAGGUGUACCAAGCAUUAUGAUACAGAUUAUCAAUGCUCGAGUAUAUUCAAAAUAGGAAACAAUUGAAUGUGCAUAUUCACAGCCUAUCGAUGAUAGUACCUACUAUGCUAUAUCGAUAAUCGAAAUGUAAUCGAAAAUCACGAAUGUUAUUGACCCGUAUCGAAGAACAAUGGUGUCAAAUAAACGAACGUUUUAUUGAGAAUC